ACAUAAAUAUAAACUAAGCAGGGUUUUCGAGCUGACCAAUGUUGAGACUGGCAUUUAAAGCACACCGGCCGGUGAUGGCCAAAGCGUUGCCUGCGGCUUCCACACUGCUUCCUCAGAUGAACGGAAGAUGCUAUGCUUCUGGGCCGGGUCCGCUUACUCGUGAUUUUGUCCAGCAGCGCAUCAUGGACGUUUUGUCCAACUGUGACAAAGUGGAUGCUGCGAAGCUCACCCCGACGGCCAAAUUUCAAGAAGACCUGGGCCUAGACAGCCUCGACGUUGUGGACGCACUUUUCUUUAUUGAAGAGGAGUUCACCGUAUUGAUGCCCGAUCGCGAAGCAGACGAAAUCAAGUCUGUCGACCAAGCAGUCGACUAUAUUCUGCAGCAACCAGAUGGUAAGUACUUGUGGUUCCUCUUUUUGUUUGACUUGCCCACUACUAACACUCUAGCCUAUUAAGCAGUCGCGAAUUA